CCGGUGGGUGCACCCAGAGAAAGAUCAGAGCUGAUUGGCGAGAACAGGGGAGGGGCGGGGCUGAUCAUACAGGAGAAGAAACAGAAUCUCAGGGCAGGGGGAUGGGACGGAGCUAAAUUCAGGAGGCGGGACUUACUGGGAAGAACAAGUCCGGUUGGACGGGGCAGGAGGCAGGGCUGAUUCAAGAGGGAGGGGUGUGCAAGAAAGUGGGCGGGGGCAGGUAAAGGGGCGGGGCCAAGGCUAGCAACGGGGAAGCAGCUCCUCUUGGUCGGAAGAUUUGGUCAGUGUCCAAGUCGGGGAGACCGAGGGUCCAGAGGAUUUGGGUCUGCGGGAGACCGGGGCGGGCGUAGGUCCCCCCCAACCUCGGGCAGAUCUUCGCACUCCUUAAGGGGGAGCCGCAAGGCCCUCUGGGAGUUGAAGCCUUCCGGGGGUUUCUAUGGCCUCGGGGGCGGGGCGGGCGCCUGGGCCGACUCGGCGGUUUGGCCAGGGGGAGGGGCUUUCGGAGGCCCCGGCCCGGCCCCGCCCCCGCCGCCAUGCGGCCCGCCCGGACUGCGCUCUGGCUGCGCCUCACAGUGGCCCUGGGCCUGGCCCUCGUUGGCCCCCUGCCUGUGGGGUGGUCCUCGGCCCGGGCCCCCAUCUAUGUCAGCAGCUGGGCCGUGCGGGUGUCCCAGGGUUACCGGGAGGCCGAGCGCCUGGCGCGCAAAUUCGGCUUCGUCAACCUGGGGCAGAUCUUUCCUGACGGGCAGUACUACCACCUGCGGCACCGGGGCGUGGUCCAGCAGUCCCUGACCCCACACUGGGGCCAUCGCCUGCGCCUAAAGAAAGACCCCAAGGUGCAGUGGUUCGAGCAGCAGACGCUGCGGCGGCGGGUGAAGCGCUCGGUGGUGGUACCCACGGACCCCUGGUUCCCCAAGCAGUGGUACAUGAACAACAAGGUGCAGCCGGACCUGAACAUCCUGCAGGCCUGGAGCCAGGGGCUGUCAGGCCAGGGCGUUGUGGUCUCUGUCCUGGACGACGGCAUCGAAAAGGACCACCCGGACCUCUGGGCCAACUACGACCCCCUGGCCAGCUACGACUUCAAUGACUAUGACCCAGAUCCCCAGCCGCGAUACACGCCCAGUGAUGAGAACCGGCACGGGACCCGCUGUGCUGGGGAGGUGGCAGCCAUAGCAAACAAUGGGUUCUGCGGCACGGGCGUUGCCUACAAUGCCCGCAUCGGAGGCGUGCGCAUGCUGGACGGCACCAUCACGGAUGUUAUCGAGGCCCAGUCGCUGAGCCUGCAGCCGCAGCACAUCCACAUCUACAGUGCCAGCUGGGGCCCUGAGGACGACGGCCGCACCGUGGACGGCCCGGGCAUUCUCACCCGGGAGGCCUUCAGGCGCGGUGUGACCAAGGGCCGUGGUGGGCUGGGCACGCUCUUCGUCUGGGCGUCGGGCAACGGCGGCCUGCACUAUGACAACUGCAACUGUGACGGCUACACCAACAGCAUCCACACGCUCUCGGUGGGCAGCACCACCCGGCACGGCCGCGUGCCCUGGUACAGCGAGGCCUGCGCCUCCACGCUUACCACCACCUACAGCAGCGGCGUGGCCGCCGACCCACAGAUCGUCACCACAGACCUGCACCACCAGUGCACGGACAAACACACGGGCACCUCGGCCUCGGCCCCGCUGGCUGCGGGUAUGAUCGCCCUGGCUCUGGAGGCCAACCCGUUCUUGACCUGGAGGGACAUGCAGCACCUGGUGGUCCGGGCGUCCAGGCCAGCACAGCUCCAGGCUGAGGACUGGAGGACCAACGGCGUAGGGCGCCAAGUGAGCCACCACUAUGGCUACGGGCUGCUGGACGCCAGGCUGCUUGUGGACAUGGCUCGAACGUGGCUGCCUACGCGGCCCCAGCAGAAAUGCGCCAUCCGGAUCGUACACACCCCCACCAGGCCCGCAGGAGGGGCCCUCACCCCCCACGCCGCCCCUAGCCCCAUCCUGCCGCUGAUGCGAGUGAGGAAGAAUGUGUCGGCCUGCGCGGGCCGUGCCAACUACAUCCGCUCACUGGAGCACGUGCAGGUGCAGCUGUCGCUGUCCUACAGCCGUCGGGGGGACCUGGAGAUCUCACUCACCAGCCCCAUGGGGACCCGCUCCACGCUCGUGGCCAUCAGCCCUCCCAGCCACCAGCACGUGGCCUCCACCCCGCACCCUGGCAUCUGUCCCAGACCCUUGGAUGUCAGCGGCCAAGGCUACAACAACUGGAUCUUCAUGUCCACCCACUUCUGGGACGAGGACCCGCAGGGCUUGUGGACUCUGGGCCUGGAAAACAAGGGCUACUAUUUCAACACGGGGACGCUGUACCGCUACACGCUGCUGCUCUACGGGACGGCCGAGGACAUGACCGCGCGGCCCUCCGGCCCCCAGGUGACCAGCAGCGCGUGUGUGCAGCGGGACACGGAGGGGCUGUGCCAGGAAUGCCACAGCCCCGCCUACAUCCUGGGCCACCUCUGCCUGGCCUACUGCCCUCCAAGGUACUUCAGCCACACCCAGCAGGCAGUGACCCCGGGGCCUGGGCGCUCCGCGACACCCACCCUGCGCAUCUGCUCCAGCUGCCACACCUCCUGCUACACCUGCCGCGGGGGGUCCCCGCUCAACUGCACCACCUGCCCCCCGUUGUACACGCUGGACGAGCUUCGGGGCUCCUGCUCAGGACCUGUCCCUCCCAACAGCACCCCCCAGUCCACUGCAGUGGCCCAGCCCAGCUGCCACCGUGGCCAAGCCCAGGCUGCGGUGCUGGCCUUGUUGGCCAUGGCCUUGGGGAGCCCCUUCCUCUGCAGCGUCCUGUCUGGAGGCUGCCUGCCGCCAUGUGGGGGCCUCCUCCGUGCCGGGCCCCCCCCCCAUCGCCACCCCAGGGCCGGCUGCUGGCAGGAACCUAGAACCAUCUGACUAGGGGGCAGACACAGGCCUGCGCAGGCACCGCUGUCCUGCUCCUUUGCUUCGGACUGGAACCCCGGCUGGGGAUGCGAGAGCCUACCCUGAGAAGGCCCUGGGUGACCACCGAGGGCUCAGGCCAGGGGCGGCCUGCACAGAAUCCUGGACCCGAAAUGGGCAGGUCCAGGUGAAAGAGAGAGAAAAGUCUAGUUACACAGUUUGGGGUGGGGGUGGGGGUGGGGUGGGGCCGAGGUGGGGCUGUGACCACCCUCCCUUCCCAGCCCCAGCAGUGGGUGGGAGGGGUGAGGGGAUCCAAUGAUCCGGAGUCUCAGGCACCACAUCUGACGUCAGAGUUUGCAAAUAAAGGUUGAUUAGGAGGU